AUGUAAAAUUAUUUGAGCUAGCAAAAUGCUAGACUUUAAAAUCUUGUUCAAAGAUAAGCCCCCACUACAACAGGUGGAGGAACCUUACAGCCAUCAAUGCAACUUUCAAAUAACAAAAACUAGAAUUAAUUUAGCUUUAAUUCUCCAGAAUCUUAGGAUUAAUCCAAUUCUAGAUUCAACUAAACCUCUAAUCUCGAACCUUAGGCAAAUGAAAUAUACAACCAGAUUACUUCAAAUAAUUACAAUUCUCUACAACCUACUAUGAACUAGAGACUAUUUAGCCCAUAGUCACAGCUAAGUCAAACUUAACAAUAUCAGCAGAUACCUCAACAAUAUCAAAUGUCAGAAGCACAUUCAUUUAGAGCUGUAAAUGACAGCAAUGAGCUUGAUUUGCAAUAAAAACUAUAUUAGUUUUAAGAAAGAGUCAGAUAUCUAGAUAAUUACAGAUUAGUUUGUGAAAAAAGAAUUAAAGAUCUCGCUCCCUCUCAUUAAAUUCCAAUUCUACCAUCUCAUAUUGGCCAGCCUAAUCCAGAUUUAGAAGAAAUCAAAAAUAGACUUAGAGUUUCUCAAAAUUAGUAAUAGUAACUUGAUUACCAGCUUUCACCUUAAAAUUAAAUGGAAAUGAUCAAACUUAAGGAGAGAUUGGACAUUGUUUUAUAGGAAAAGCAUUAAAUAGAGGAAGCAUUAAGAAAUGAAACUCUGGCAAACGAAGAACAAAGAAAUUAUAUUCAGAUCUUAAGAAAUGCAAUUGAUUAAAAGAUGGAAGCUAUCGGACUAGGUGACUUAAUUUCACAUAAAUAGCUUUAAGGAAGUCAAGAUCCAAUCACCAUUUAUACUAUAAUGUCUGAAAUGAAGCGUGAACUAGAUGCUUGGAAAAGAGAAUGUAAAACUGUAGAAGAAUAAUAUAAGCUUCAAGAUACUUAGCUAAAAGCUGCAAAUAAUUAUAAUGAAGAUUUGAGUAGCCAAUUGAAAGACUCCAAUGAGCAAAAUGAAUUACUAAUAAACGAACUUGAAAAAUUUAAAAAGGAUUUGAAGGAGUUAACUCAAAAGUUUAAUGCUAUUUAGUCAGAGAAAAAUCAGCUUCUUGAAUAUGUCGAUGAUAAUGUUAAGUAAAUCGAUAAACUCAAUAUUGAGCUUGAAGAAGAAAAGGCAACGAUCGAAAAGAUAAACAAAGAUAGAUAUUCACUUAAAAGCUAAAAUGAAAAUAAUUAAAAUCUUAUUCAAAAGCUUAAUGAUAUAAUCUAAGAACUUGAAAAUAAACAAAUUUAAUUGCAAGAUUAAUCAGAAAAAUUCAAAGACUAGAUCAGACAACUCAAGAGAGAAAAUGAAUAACGACAGUAAAAGAUUAAUGAUUAGGAUGAGUAUAUAUAAGAUUAGCUUUAAACAAUUGAUAAUUAAAGGAAACUUAUAGAUGAGAAAAGAGAGGAGACUGAAAAUUUGAGGGUUUAACUAAGAUAACUAGAAGAUGAGAAUAAUAUUCUAUAGAAAUAAAAUGAAAGACUAGCUGAAGAAAAAUCUAUGAGCGAGAAAAAAAGCAGAAUUGAAGAGGAGUCACUUAGAAAAAGAAUUUAGAUUCAUGAAGAUUUUGCAAAAACACAGGAGGAGAAGAAAAAAGAAAUUGAGUUCAUUCUAUUGAAGGAGAUUGACGAUCUAAAAAGAUCCUUUGAAAUCUAGAUUUAUGAACUCAAUAAGCAAAGAGAUGAUUUGAAAGAUAAAAUCAAUCUCUAGGAAAGACUAAUUUCUGAUUUUAAACGCCAAAAGGAAAAUAUUAUGGAUGAGAACAUCAGUCUAAGGAAUAAAACAACAGAAUACUAAUAAGUAUUGGUUGAUAAAGGACAGGAAAUUUUGAAAUUAAAGGAAAAUCAGAAUGAAGCAAAUCUAGAUAUUGACAAACUGAACGGCUAAUUUGUUUAAUUAGAGGAAAAGCUUAUAAGUGAAACUCAGAGAAGAGAGUGGCUAUCCUAAGAAAGAGAAAGAUUAGUAAUUUAGAUGGAUGAUUUGAAGAUGAAACUAGAAGAACAAUACAUAAUAAAUGAUAAUUACCAGAGAAGAAUGCCUUAGAUCGAGAGAGAACUCGAUGAUCAAAAGAUUUAUAUGAGCAAAGAACUAAAUAAAAAAACAGAUGAAAUCACUAGUUUAUUAAGAUAAGUUGACCAACUUAACUCCGAACUUUAGAAAACUUCUAAUUAAUAUGAAUUUACAAAAGCAACAAAGAUAGACUAGGAGCAGAGAUUAUUAGAUUUAACUAGAGAAUAUGACCUACUCUUGAGAGAAAAAAGAAUCAAUGAGAAGUAGGUUGAAGAUUUAAAAGAAGAAAAUUAAAACUUUUUCAAAUUGGAGGACAAAGCUAAGUAAUUAAUUGAAGAGAACGAAAUCCUUAAGAGUUAGAUUAGAUUUAAGGACAGAGAUCUAGUUGUUUUAAAUGAUAAAUUUGCCAAGUUUUCAGCUGAAAUGGAAGUUCAAGAAAAGGAAAAUAAGAGAAUUCUCAAGGAUCUCAAUGAAAGCUAAUAUCUAGUUCAAAGUCUUGAGAGAUCUAGAGCUGAUCUGAAUUAGAAAUUGAAAGAAACAGAAAGAACUGUUUACUAAACAUCAAGAGACAAGCAAGAUGUUGAUGCAAGGCUUAGAGCACUCCAAUAAUAACUCAACGACACUAUUGAAGAUUAUGAAAGAUAAAGGAAAAUCAACUAAAAUACUGAUGAAGAAAAGUUGGAUCUUGCAUAAAAUCUCAAUAAGUAUAGAAGUAUCUGUUCUGAAAAAGCUCAAAUUAUUGAAAAUUGGUAAAAUAUGACUGGGGACUUUGAACUUACAAUGAAUCAAGUUGUUUCUUAGAUCAGGGAUUUCAUAGAUAACUUUUUAAAAAGAAUUAGCAUUUCUGAGGUACUUUCAGAAAUAGUUGGGAGACAUUAGAGAGAAAAAUUCUAUUUGUUGAUGUAAAAUUUGGACAACUUCAGGAUAUCAACUUAGUCCGAUGAAAAAAUGAAGUCACUCGUUUUGGCAUUUAAUGAGGUCAGAACUUUUAAUGAUAUAUUCUUAGCCCAGUUUGAGCAAAUUCUAGAUGACAUUUAAAUAGUAAAGCAGGAUAAUAAGCUGAAUGUAAAGAAAUUAGAGCAAUUAGAGGCAAGACUUGGAAAUGUGCAUGCUAUUGAUUAGGUUCAUAAUGAAAAGUAAAGAUUCCUUCAAAAUGAGAUUGAUUAGUUAAGAGCAGUUAAGUAAGGCCAAUAAAGAGAAAUCGCUCAAUUAAAAGAUUAAGAACAAGGAUUUUAACAAAAGGUCAAUGAUCUUCAUCAAAUCAUUGAGAGGUUUACUGAUUAAAAUAUCAAUUUAAGUGACUAACUAAACUAACAAGAACAGCAAAAGCAUUUGGUUGAUAUGAAAGUUGACUAAACUAUAAACAGUUUAGAAAGCAAUAAAAGAGAAAUGUCCAAGAAGGACUCUAAAAUAAAACUUCUUACCAAACAUAAAAUAUCUCACUAAGAAUUCGUUUAAAGAUUACUAGAAUUUAUAUAAAAACUAGUUCCUGAUGGCCAUAGAUAACUAGAAAAACUAUUUUCAAUCCUCAAUGAUAAACUAAAUCUUGAAUCUUUAAGACUGAAAUUAUAAGAUUAACUUCAAGCAUAUGAUAAUCAAUUACAGUCUUAGCAUCAUAGUGACGAAGCAUUAAACUAUAAUGAAACAGCCUUAAGAAAUGAGAUUAGCGAUAUUCACAUUUAACUUAAAAAUGCAAAUCAAUAACUAGAUACUUUAACUAGGAAAUAAAUUCAACUUGAGGGUGAUUUUAAGAUAUUCACUGAGAAAAUCAUACUUGAAUCAUUUUCUAAAGAUCAAACAUAAUCUAUUCAAUAUCUGACAAAAGAAAUUGAACAGCUUAGAAGUGAAAUCAGAUUAAAGAACUAGCAAAUAAAGGAUGCUGAAUAAAAAGGCAAAUUAAAUAUGUUUGAUUCUAGAAAUAAUACCCAUUUGUUCAGCCUUGGAUCAAGUGUUGGUAAUCCUUUUGAAAAGAACAAUGAUGACACUAAGAAUUAGACCAUUAAAAGAGAGCCUUUAUCAAAAUGCAAUAGCUAUAAAUCAAUUGUACUCUAGCCUAUUAAAGUAGAAGACUAUGACUAUCUUCCAGAGAGAGCAAAUGAAAAUCAAGAAAAUUACAGUACUAACAUUGAUUACAGAUCAAAUAUUGAGCCAUCCUCUUAUUACACUCAAAACCGCUCAAUUAUAUAGGAACACAAAAAUACUAUUGAGACCAAUAAGAGCUCAAGGAAUAAUGCCAUUGAUGAUAAUAAAAGUUAUUUAUCUCCCAGAAUACAAUCAAAUUAACCUCAAAAUUUCAAGAUAAAUGAUAAUUUAGGAAUGAACAGAGAAAAUGUCAUUCCCAUACCUCGAUCCUUAGCCAAGCAGUAGAAUAGACCUUAGUCAUCAGCAAACAUUCCUUAAUCUACUUAAAAAUUCUCUAAUUAAACAGUUUCUACUCCCCUUCAAGAUAGACUCUCUUAAAUGAGAAGCUAAGGAGCAGCAUUAAGAAGCUUAAAUAAUUUCCAAGAUUGA